AUGGAACAGGAAGCCCUGGAGCGAGCUGUGGCGGAAAUGCAGAACAACGAAGUGUUCGCGAUGAACCCAGCCAAUUUGAUGCAUGCGGGUGAGUUCGAUGAUGGACUUUUCCAAACGAAACCUAUCAAGGGCUUUGAAGAGUUGGGCGUGCGGCGUUCGCUGACCACGCAAAAGUUCCUGCAGGCGUUGGCACAAAAGUACGGCGUGUGUGAGAUUAAAAACUUGCUCGAGGGACGGUGCUACUCGAAUGCAACGCUGACGAGCUGCAAAGGAACCGAGCAGAUCAAGUGCGAUCGUUCCGAUCCCUUCCGAAGUUACGAUGGGAGUUGCAAUAAUCUGAAACACCCGACCUGGGGCAGACGGGGCAAUCCCCUGAAGUAUUCGAUUGCACCGUGCUUCAGCGAUUUGGUGUCGAAACCGGCGCGCAGCAAAUCCGGAAAGCCGCUGCCACGGAACCGCGUGCUGAUAUCGGAUAUCGUCAAAGUUUUGGAUGAAACCAGCUCCGGGAGAACCUCAAAAAUGAGCAUGCACACGGUGUUCUUCAGUGAGGUGGUUAACGGGGAUAUGAUUGGUAGGGCGACGAAGCGCACCCGAAAAGCAACGAAUGGCUUCCGAGGCUGUCUGGCGGGUGGAUCCGACCGCAGUUCCAACGUUUCUCCCCUCACCAACCCACUGCGGGUGCAGCCCAACGAUCGCUACUACGGACCUUUGGGGGUGCGCUGUCUGAACUUCAAUCCGCAGGAAAAGGCAAACGAUCGGUGCGAGCUGAAGUAUGCGGCCGAUCGGAACCUGGAGAGUAGCUACCUGGACCUGUCCAUUCUCUACACCGACGAGCCGCAGUACGACGAACAGGGCAAGCUUAAGCUGUUCCAGUGUGGAACCUCUGAGGCGAUUGCAUUGUCGGAGCCGAUAAGCGUGCAGAAAAUUGCUGUAUCCGGGUUGUUUGGCUACCUGCAUAACUACUGCGUCGAUCGAGUUGCAUUAUGUCCGAAAGGCUCGGAUCGUCGUUCGGUGCGUGAGCGUUGUCGCGCGCUGACCAUCGGUGUCUACCAGAAGAUUAUUUACGAGCAGCUGCUACCGUUUCUCUUCGGCGAGGAACUGUACGAGCGCUGUGGGCUGAACUGCGAGUACAACCCGCACGUCGAAUCGGCCGUUUCGCAGGUGUACAAGUCCGGACCGGGUCGUUUCCAGCACACCUGGAUACCGGACCAGAUGAUGUACAAGCCGGGAGGAAAAUCCCAAUGGCUUCCGUUCAACGUGUUCUUCCACGAUCACGAGAAAUUCGAUUGCACAGCCACGCUUGCCGGACUUGUGGAGUCACCCAUCCAAGUUGGUCGACUUUCCAGCGCGUAUGCGAACAUAUUCUACACUGAAAACGGUGUCCAUGGAACUUGCCUCACGUGUAUCGAUUUGGGUCGUAACCGUGAAGCCGGCCUGUGCCCGCUGGUCACAUUGAAGCACUACAUCGAGCAACUGAUCGGCGAGGAAAGCACAUGCUACAACACCUUUGAAGAUUUACGUGACAUGUUCUCGCCUGAGCUUACUGAUUUAUUGAAACAAUACUACGAAUCGCCAUCGGAUGUGGAUGUGCUGCUCUCGAUUUUGGAAAAGCGCCGAUAUCCGGGCUCAAAACUGCCCAAGUUUGUGUCUCAGGUUACCUGUCUCGAGUUCAAGCGGCUCAAAUGUACCGAUCGGCUCUUCUACACCUGGAAUCCGCACUUGGGAGAAGGUGCUCGUCAUCUCAUAAAAGCCCUCGACUUUACCGCACUGUUUGCCCUGUUCACUGACAUGCCGGACGUCCCACUGGAGCCAUUUAUUGUCGACGGACCCAGAGUCGCUGCGAGUGACGUACGGAGCUACGUGAAAUCCCUGGACUAUCUUUUCUGUCACCUAUAA